AUGUGCAUCGCUCUCCUUACAACGGCGCACCCCGAUUACGCCCUGGUGGCGAUCGACAACCGGGACGAGUAUAUCCUCCGCCCAACAAGUCGGCCGCAUUGGUGGACAAGCAAAGCCGACUCGCACGCCACAAACGGGUCGGCAAACGGCGUCAACGAGUCGUCCACAAAAGCGACGACCAACGAGAUCGAGGCCCUUUCCAGCCUUGACCUCCAAAGACCCGAGCGCGGGACGUGGAUGGGCAUCACCAAGGGUGGCAACUUCGCGGUGCUAACCAACUACCGCGAGACCGACACCGGCGACGCCAGCCAUCCCGUCAGUGGCACGCGGAGCCGCGGCGCCAUGGUGACGGCAUGGCUAACAGCUGAUCCGGCCGAGUCAACGGAGCAGUUCGUGGAUCGCAUCUUGAGCGACGGCGGGGCUCAGGGCGUUGGUGGUUUCUCGUUGGUCUGCGGAAAGCUGCGCAAGGUGGCGGGCGAGAAGAACAUCGACCCCUUGGCGAUCAUCUCGAACCGCUGCGAUGACGCCAGCCAGGUUCCCCGGAUAUGCGAGGAGCGGGGAUCGGUCCACGGGCUCAGCAACGCCAUCUUUCUCGACCAGAGCGACGAGGACAAGGACACGCUCUGGCCCAAGAUCCGCGACGGCAGGGAGUUGCUGAGCCGCGCCGUGGCCGCCGGCGGCAGCGAGGAGGAACUCGUCGCUUCGCUCUUCCAGAUCCUCGACACGGACAACUUCCCCGGCGAUCACGCCCUCGACCUAGAAGAGGUUAUCCCGCUCCUCAAGCACUCCAUCUUCAUCCCGGCCCUCGGCAACACAAACCACCAGCAAGAGAUGUGCGAGGCGCAAGAAUACGGCUACGCAGAGAUGAAUGGACGCCACCCACCUGCCGCCCAGACCAUCAAGCUCCCCACCCGCCCGGAGCAGCCGAACGGGUUCCAUGCCGGCCUCUACGGCACCCAGCGGCAGACUGUUAUUCUCGUCGACUGGGAAGGGAACGUGACCUACAUCGAGCGUGCCUUGUGGGACUGCAACGGCCAUGCAAUACCGAGAGGGAAAGGUGACGAGAUCUUCAAGUUCAAGAUCGAGGGCUGGGAACAGAGGGACGUCUUGGCCAACUAG